UUAGUAAUUAUGGGUCCUUUCACAGCUCACAGACACAUGAAAAUCUCCAACAACUCCAGCACCAUCACUGGCUUCAUCCUCCUGGGCUUCCCUUGCGCCAGGGAGGGGCAGAUCCUCCUCUUUGUUCUCUUCUCUAUUGUCUACCUCCUGACCCUCAUGAGCAAUGGUUCCAUCAUCUGUGCUGUGCGCUGGCAUCAGAGACUUCACACCCCCGUGUACAUCCUGCUCGCCAACUUCUCCUUCCUGGAGAUCUGCUAUGUCACCUCCACCAUCCCCAACAUGCUGGCCAACUUCCUCUCUGACACCAAGGUCAUCUCCUUCUCUGGAUGUUUUCUCCAGUUCUACUUUUUCUUUUCCUUGGGCUGUACAGAAUGCUUUUUCUUGGCUAUUAUGGCAUUUGAUCGAUACCUUGCCAUCUGCCAGCCUCUCCAUUACCCCACUCUUAUAACUGGACGUCUCUGCACCAAUCUUGUGGUCAGCUGCUGGGUACUUGGUUUCCUCUGGUUCUUGAUUCCCAUUGUCAUUGUCUCCCAGAUGUCCUUCUGUGGAUCCAGGAUUAUUGACCACUUCCUGUGUGACCCGGGUCCUCUUUUAGCACUCACUUGCAAAAAAGCUCCUGGAGUAGAGUUUGUCUUCUCCACUUUAAGUGCUGUUCCCAUCAUCAUUCUCUUUCUCUGCAUCAUGGCUUCCUAUGCUCUGGUCCUAAGAGCUGUAUUGAAAGUCCCUUCAGCAGCUGGGAGAAGAAAGGCUUUCUCCACCUGUGGGUCUCAUCUGGCGGUGGUUUCACUGUUCUAUGGCUCAGUACUGGUCAUGUAUGGGAGCUCAAUAACUGAGCAGGAAGCUGGAACACAGAAGACUUUGACUCUCUUUUAUUCUAUCGUGACCCCACUCCAUAACCCUAUGAUAUAUAGUCUUAGGAACAAAGAUAUGAAAAAGGCCCUGAAAAUGAGCAAAAAGAUAUAA